AAAAUUGCCAACACCUUUUGAAACGCGUUGAAGAGCCCAUCUUCAUAAUAUCAGGACUGCAACACGUUGGGCGUCUCCAAGUCUGUUACUUUUAGGAGGAAGCAUCCAGUGGGAUUUAUUUUCACUCGUUUGUAAAAUUGCGAAGGUGAAGCUUGGCGGCAGUUCUGAAGUUUGUUUGGCUUAACCGCAAUAACGUAGAGGAAGAAAUCUCCAACCAGAGUUCGCACAGCACAAAGCAGGAUAGGGAAGUUAACCCCACGUAUGUGAAUGCACAGCUGCGUAACGCUUCUACGGAACACUUCUCCGCAGGUGACUUUCCCCGCUUAGGCUGUAGAAGUGUUAAACCUGUAUUUGUCCCCACGGCAUUAAGCUUCACCCCCCCUUGGAGAAUCACACAACUGCGCAACCAUGACGUCUAUAAACAUCGAAUCGUACUUAGAAAACGAAAUAUUAGUCAUAACGAAUGAUAGUCGAAUUUUUACCGGCAAACUGAAAGGCUUCGACCAGACGACCAACAUCAUCCUUGGCAAUUGCUACGAGAGGAUUUACAAAGAGUCGCUGGAGAAAAUCAGCUUGGGCCUGUACAUCAUACGAGGGGACACCGUAACCCUAAUUGGCGAGAUCGACGAGGAUGUCGAUAAGAACAUUCUACACCACAAGAUAAAACCAGAGACGUUGAAACCGAUCGUACAUUAAGAGUUAUCCCUGAUGAUGUGGCCGUUCUUACCUAAUCGCCUAGGUAUCGCAGGAACGGCCUUGUAGAACUGUUGGGUGAUUCGACAAAUUUUUGUUAAGUCGUAUUAGGGCUGGACAACCAGUUCGUGCCGCCAUCCGGGUCACGGCAUAAUAGUACAGUUUGAUGGGGAGUAAAUGACCCGAGUGGCG